UAUUUUAAUGGAUUUGAACUACAACACGGCGUGGAAGUUCAAUUGGGGAUCACUGUCCUCGGGAUUCAGAGGGAGACGGCGUUUUGAUUGUGUCGGGCAAGACAACGGAGAUUUUUGCCUUUAUUUUUCCUCAUCAUGCGAUGAGCCACUCGAUGGUCGGAUGUGGGAUGUCCGUUAUUUCCACAUUGUUGUUCGGAGUCGGAGGCACUUUUCGGCUUGCAACGACCUUGACGGGCCGUGGUCAUCGCCGAGUCAUCAGUUGCGCAAGCUCCGAUUGCUGGGCUUGGUGUCUGUCUGCCCAUAACCUUCGAAGAUGCAGAGGUGGCGUCAAUACUUACAGCCUUUGUCAGGCAGUGCCUUCGCCCCUCUUCAUCAUUCUCCACGUCGUUGAUGAGAGAUCACUAUUGGAGGGGACUAGAGAACUUUCGAAUUCAACAAGCUUUACCUCACACUUUGGGAUGUGUCGCAUUCUUAUCUGCUGACGUUUUCACUUUGAAUCGCAGUGAUGACUAAGGCUGAGAUGAUACAGGACAGCGAUGUUUUCAGUAUUACCGUUCUUACGGGUGGUUGGGAAACGUGUGCAACAGACAACGGCUGCCCUGCGAGCAAGCUGUCCCGAUAGGUUGGGAAGCCAUUGUGGUCAAAGUAGGAUUUCAAGGGAGUCUCCAUUCAUGCAUGCGGC